CCGGGCGGGCGCGGGAGGAAGUCACGUGGGCGAGCGGGCUCACAUGACUGGCCGCGCGAUGGACCCGCUGCCCUCGCCGGCAGUCGCUGCAGCUGCUGAGGCGGAGGCUGACGAGGAGGCGGAUCCGCCGGCGACAGGCCCACGAACAUCCCAGGUCACUGAGUGGAGGGCCCUGGACCCCGGGCGAAUGCAGAUGCCGCAGGGGAACCCACUGCUGCUGUCCUACACCCUGCAGGAGCUGCUGGCCAAGGACACGGUGCAGGUGGAGCUCAUCCCUGAGAAGAAGGGCCUCUUCCUUAAGCAUGUGGAGUACGAGGUUUCCAGCCAGCGCUUCAAGUCCUCCGUGUACAGACGCUACAAUGACUUCGUGGUCUUCCAUGAAGUGCUGCUUCACAAGUUCCCGUACCGCAUGGUUCCAGCUCUUCCGCCCAAGAGAGUGCUGGGAGCCGACAGGGAGUUCAUCGAGGGCCGCCGGAGGGCCCUGAAGCGCUUCAUCAACCUGGUGGCCCGGCACCCACCCUUCUCUGAGGACGUGCUCCUUAAACUCUUCCUCUCCUUCAGUGGCUCGGAUGUUCAGCACAAGCUCAAGGAGGCGGCCCAGUGCGUGGGAGAUGAGUUCAUGAACUGUAAGCUGGCUGCUAGGGCCAAGGACUUCCUCCCAGCUGACAUCCAGACUCAAUUUGCCAUGAGCCGGGAGCUGAUUCGAAAUGUCUACAACAGCUUCUACAAGCUUCGAGACAGAGCCGAGCGGAUUGCGUCCCGGGCCAUUGACAACGCUGCUGAUCUUCUCAUAUUUGGAAAGGAGCUUAGUGCUUUGGGCUCCGACACCACCCCUCUGCCCUCCUGGGCUGCUCUGCACCUCAGCACAUGGGGCUCCCUGAAGCAAGCGCUCAAGGGCCUCUCCGUGGAGUUUGCACUGCUGGCGGACAGAGCUGCACAGCAGAAUCCUCCUGCAUCAGUCUUCUGAGUAGCACUACCUGUCUGGGAUGCCACUCCAGCUGUGGUCUUAAAGAAGCUGAUAUUCUUGUUGAGGCUCCGCCCCUGCCCAGGAUGGAGGUUUCUUUCAAGUUAUGUGUCUGGAGUGAUCCACCUGCUGGGGACCUGGGGACUUUUCUUACUAGAGGACGGAAGCUCAGGUGUUGUGAGGUUUCUGUGGAAGAAGGACUUUGACUGCUUUGCUUGUGUGGAAAGUCCCUGAUUUGUUUCCACUUCUGCUCCCAGAGCUGGUGUGCUCCCUUCAGAACUAUGCCUAUGGUUUUCUAAUGUACGUGCAGUGCAUGUGUGUUAGUUCAUGUGUGUGUAGGUUCACAUGUAUGUGUUCACAUGUAUCAAGACGACUUCACAUGCCAUCCUUAAAGAUGCCAUCCACAUCCUUUGAGACAGGGUUACUCAUUGUCCUGGAGUUUACCAGUUAGGCUAGACUGGCUAAUCAUUAGGCAGGCCCCAGAGAUGCUCUUGUCUCCUCCCAGCACUGGAAGGACAAUCGAGAACCUCUGGACCCUGGACUGUCACUUGGAUUCUGCGGACUUGGCUCCUCAUCCUUCCAAGGGCAGUGCUUACACUCUGCCGUCUUUCCAACAGGCAUCGUUGCUAUCUUCUUCCUUGUUAAUUAAUUAGAGAAAUAAUCUUAGUCAAGUAGUGGUGGUCACACCUUUAAUCCCAGCACUUGGGAGGCAGAGGCAGGCAGAUUUCUGAGUUUGAGGCCAGCCUGGUCUACAGAGUGAGUUCCAGGACAGCCAGGGCUACACCCUUUCUAGGAAAAAAACAAGAAAAGAAAAAAAUUUAUGUAUGUGUAUGUGUGUGUAUGUGUCUGUGUCUGUGUGUCUGUGUAUGUGUGUGUAUGUGUGUGUGUGUAUUUGUACAUGCACAUGCAUGCACAUACCUAUGGAAGGCGGAAUCCUUCGUCAGAUCCUAUGAAGCUGGGAUCUCAGUAGAUUUAGAGCCACCUUCUGUGGGUGCUGGGACUGGACUUGAGUGCUCUGCAAGAGCAGCAACUGCUCUGUCAGCGAGCCCUCUCAGCCUCUCACUCAGGCUUAGGUCAUUCCUUCCCACUCUCACUGCCCCUUUCUAAGGCAGAGAGGGCCAAGACUUGAGGUGUCAGGGCUUGGUGUGUUUUGUAGUGUGUAUGCCAUGGCUUUGCUGCAGCAACUUUGGUCUUUGAACCUGAGCUUCCCCACUGAUCAUAUGUAAGAGGGUGGAACUAGAUCAUCAAUGCAACUUGCAUCUGUGUGAAUUUGUGUGUUCGCUCGCACGUGUGGCGGUCAGGACAGCUUUGCAGAGCUGCUCUCCUCCCUUGUUGAAGCAGGGUUCCUUACUUCUGCUUAUUUAUGCAGCCUCGGAGCUUUUGAGUUUUUCCUGUUUCUGGUUCCAGGGUUUUUAUGUGGUUUGGGGGUUGAAUCGGGCUGCCGGGCUCGCUCACACAGUAGGUGCUUUUAACCGCUGAGUCACUUCACUGGCCACAACUAUUUUCUUUCUUUUCCUCCUGCCUUCCCCCUUCAGAUGCUGGUGUUAACAGCCUGGAGCACCAUGCCCUUGCUGACUAUUUUCUUUUUUUAAGUGUACAAAUGUGCAUGUGUGCACACGUGUGUGCGUGUGCCAUGACAUGUGGUUGUGGAAGCCCGAGAAAGGCUUGUGAGGUCAGUUCUCUUCUUCUACUCCUGUGGGCCAUGGUCAUGGAACUGGGGUCGUCAGCCUUGCGGGUGAAUGCCCUAACCUGCUGAGCCCUCUUUCCUGCCCCAGGCUGCUUGCUUUUAUCAGUGUAACUGUCCCGCAAGUGUGGUUUCAAGAAACAUACAUAAAGCUGUUUGUCACAGAGGCUGGACAGGCCUCUCUCUACUCAGCAGGAAGCCUCAGUCCUGGUGCUGGGUUCUGCACAGCACAGUAUGAAUAUCUCUGUAGGUUCCUGUACUGGCUGGUUCUGUGUCAACUUGACACAGACUGGAGUUAU